AUGGCGGAGAUGAGGACGAGGUACAUAAGGACUCACAGUUUCUCCCAGGAAGGUGUCUUUGCUUCUGCUGCUGCUCCUGAUGCUGCUGGUGUUGCUGCUGCUCGCGCGAAAGCCCCAGCAGCAGCACCAGCAGCAAGAGCUGCAGCAGCAACAAAGACAGGGACACAGCGCAUUCCCAGGCAGCAGUGGCUGCUGCAGCAGUACUACAAACGGCAGUGCCUCAUCGGGGGCCUCUGGCUGCUCGCGGGGGCCCUCCUGACCCUCGUGGGCUUCGGAGUCCACAUGGCCUGGGAUGACCUCAAGGGGGCCCCCUUGGGGUCAAAACUCUACACUUUGACUUUGCCUUGCUGCUGGUGGCUGGUGGUUUGCUGCUUCCUUUCCGUUUGCUUCGGAGUUGCUGCUGUCACUCAGUCCUUCCGCCUCCCCCGCGGCCUCCGCGGCAGACAGUCCGUCCGCUCCGGCGUUUCUUCCCGCAGCAGCCGUUCCCCCUCAGUCUCAAGGCGGAGAAGAGCAGCUCCUUUCGGAAGGAGAAGACGUGCUGCUUCCCCUGGGAGCGCAGCAGCAGGAGCAGCAGCAGCAGCAGCAGACGGAGACCAGCCAACUCUGGGGGAAGUGGGCAUGGAGCCAACAACGGAAAGCGGAGGCGACAGCAGCGGCAGCGGAGGCGCCUUCAGCUCUGACGAGCAGCAGCAGCAGCAGCAGCAGCAAGCCUUCGGAAGCCAAGAAAUAAGACCCGGACUUUCAAAAGCAAUUGGAGAUGGACCCCUCAACAGAAAGCUGACGCCUCGGCCCUCUGGAGAGGCUUUUGCUUCUCCGUCUCGCGCUGAGUCGGCAGCAGCAAAAGAGGGCGGCGCUGCUGCAGCUCUCAGCCGGCACAGCAGCAGCAGCAGCAAAAGACAAGGUAGCCUAGUCAAGCACAGCUCCACCCGCGGCAGCAGAAGGUAG